AUGGCUAAGAGCAUUAGAGUUUCAUCCAUUCUUUUCCUUUCUUGCGCAACCCUUUUGAGCAUAACAAGGGCAGCAUCCUUCAAUGUGCUCAGUUUUGGAGCAAAACCGGAUGGCAGAACUGACUCAACUCAGCCAUUCCUUAAGGCCUGGGCGUCAGCUUGUAGGUCGAUCCAACCGGCCACUGUUUAUGUCCCUCGAGGGCGUUACCUGAUAAAGGCAGCAGUGUUCAAAGGACCCUGUAGAAACAGAAUCACUGUGAAGAUUGAUGGGACUCUUGUUGCUCCUGAUAACUACUGGGCUCUUGGCAACUCUGGAUACUGGCUAUUGUUCGUUCAGGUCAAUAGGCUUUCGGUCAUCGGUGGAACACUGGAUGCUAAGGGAGCAGGAUUCUGGUGCAUUUCCCCAGUCAGAAAAACUGCCAGUUGUAGCAAGCCUUCUGGGUAUGAUGGCGGAGAGUAUGGUGCAGGUGCCAUUAAGUGCCUCCAGUGCUUUUCAGAUAAAGCACUGGUCCCAGGUGAUGUCAGGUGGCUUGACAUCAUCAGCGUGCAGCUGAGGUGGAGGUGCCGAGGUCACCUGCACGGUAGACUAGGGAUCCGGCCGGGCUUAAGGGAUAACCCCGAGACGCGGACGAGCUCUGAUGAGGGACGAGGUGAGUUCACCUCGGGCAUGCGGGAUGGCCGAGGUGAGCCUCCUCAAUAA